AUGUUUGAUAAUGUGUCUAUCUCCGUUCUUCUUGGCAAUUUCUCCUCACAUUCAUUUUCACCAAAAACAGGCGUGCUUCAAGGUUCAGUUCUCAGGCUGCAUCUAUACUCUAUUUACAUCAACUCCCUGCCAGCUCUUCUUUGCUCAGUUGCAUCUCCUCUCACUUCUACCCAUGUGCCAUCAUCGUCUCCCUCCUCAUUAGAUGCAUACCAGUCUCUUCUUGCUCCUCCAGAUGUGAAUGGCUACCAGCAUGCAGUCUCAUCAAUGCCAAUAAAUACACUUCUUUUUGCUGAUGAUGUGGCAAUAUUUGGUUCUGCUCAUGACGUUCAGGCUAUGCUCCAUUUGGCUGCCCAACACUCAUUUACUCUUGAUCUAUCUCUAUAUGAUGAGAUUCUUCCUGCAGUGGAGGAAUUUAUAUAUCUUGGUGUUCUCUUUUGCAAUAAAGGUAUUCAUGAGCCUUCUAUUGUCACUCAUCAUCGUUCUGGAGUCCUGGCAACCAUGGCAAUGCUGAAUGCAGUUGGAGUAUGCUGGUCUGGAUUCUCUCUGCUUCUCAGCUCUCGUCUGUAUAGGACCUUUAUCAGACCAAAAUUUGAAUAUGGAUUGGCUAUUCUCCCUCUGAAAAGAACUGAUACUAUCCAGCUUGAGAAGAUCCAAGAUAAAUGUUUGUGCAUAAUAGUUGGUGGGCACCAAACCUCAUCUACCACUUUUUGUAUCCGUGCUCACUACCUUCCCUCUGGCUGCCUCUUGUCUCUUCUUCACCAUCAUUACUCUCAGUCUUCAUCACUUGUCACUCUUUGUCAUAAUACUCUCCUUCAAAGCAUCCCUAUUGACUUAAAUGUUCAUAGUAGCAAAGCUCUGAAACGUCACUUUGAGACCUUCCAACAAUUCAAAACUGAUGAGCUUCGAUUGUCUUCAAACCAAGUCUUAUUCUUAGCAUGCCGCCCUCUUUUGGAAGUAGAUCCUAUUCUGUUCUUGCCUGCAACUAGGGUGGAACGUAGCCGCCUUGUCUGCUGGAGAAUGGGUUGGUUACCUGGCACUCCUAAGGAUUGCCCUUGUGGUACUGACCAUACCUCACGUCGUCAUCUUGCUGUCUGCUCUUUAGUUCCUGCCCAUUUGUUGGCCUGUCUUCCUAUUCCAUCUAAUCAAAACUGUAAUCCAAUUGAUUUUGCUAUUACUGCUCUCCCAAAUUCUAGUCAGGCUCCUUGCCCCUCUUAUUGGGUAGCACUACUUACUAUUCUCUGA